UGUCAAACCCCAUUCCCUCGCGCAGCCGUCGUCAACACCACUGAGGAAGUAACGAGAAGCUAACCUUGCACUCGAAAACGAAUUGCUACCGCCAAUACAGUGUUUACUAGUUGUAUUAAGUUACCCGAAGUUAACAUUAUUGCCAAGGUAACCGACUGCCUUUGUCCGGCUUUCACUUGGCAUGGAGUGAAAGGGGAAAAUGUUUAGGAGUUGCCGCUCCUUGCUAACUUCUAAGCUAGCAGGCUAACGAUCAGCUGUUGUUUUGGUCGGAGAGCUAGCUAGCUAGCUAGCUGGCCAACAAGCCACACUGCAUAGCAUUACAGAAGUCUGCGAUACCAGCGUUGCCACACCAGAUUUCCUCAUUUCCUGUCGAAAGACGUGAAGUACUAGGAUGGUUGAUGGCGACAAAUAAAGGCGUACCACCCUGACAGACUAAUCAGCGGUCAGCCAGUCAGCUGGUGUCCGGCCAGGCGUCAACUCCGUGUGGGAUCGAUCCACCCAUCAGAGGGGUCUGUAACUGAAUCGGCAACAUUGCUUCAAGAUGCAUGACGCGUAUGAACCAGUGCCUAUUUUGGAGAAGCUUCCUCUUCAGAUUGACUGUCUCGCGGCCUGGGAGGACUGGCUGCUCGUGGGAACAAAGCCAGGGCAUCUUCUUCUCUACCGGAUAAAGAAGGAUGCAGGCACCAACCGUUUCGAGGUGACACUGGAAAAAUCCAAUAAGAACUUCUCAAAGAAGAUUCAGCAGCUCUACGUUGUCUCUCAGUACAAAAUUCUUGUCAGUCUUCUAGAGAACAACAUCCACGUCCAUGACCUCCUCACCUUCCAGCAGAUCACGGUGGUGUCCAAAGCCAAAGGAGCCACGCUCUUUGCCUGUGACCUGCAGCAAACCAGCGCAGGAGAGGAAAGGUUGAGAAUGUGUGUCGCAGUGAAGAAGAAACUCCAGCUGUAUUACUGGAAGGACAGAGAGUUCCACGAGCUGCAGGGGGACUUUGGUGCACCAGAUAUUCCAAAGUCCAUGGCUUGGUGUGAAAACUCCAUAUGUGUUGGUUUCAAGCGAGACUAUUACCUCAUUCGGAUGGAUGGCCGUGGCUCCAUCAAGGAGCUCUUCCCCACUGGGAAACAGUUGGAGCCUCUGGUUGCCCCACUGGCUGAUGGGAAGGUGGCUCUUGGCCAGGAUGACCUAACCGUAGUGCUAAAUGAAGAGGGCGUUUGCACCCAGAAGUGUGCCCUGAACUGGACCGACAUCCCUAUAGCAAUGGAGCACCAGCCUCCGUACAUCAUAGCGGUUCUCCCUCGGUACGUGGAGAUCCGGACGUUUGAGCCGAGGCUGCUGGUGCAGAGUGUGGAGCUGCAGAGGCCACGCUUCAUCACCUCAGCAGGGCAAAAUAUUGUGUAUGUUGCCAGCAACCACUUUGUGUGGCGCCUGGUGCCCGUGUCAAUAGCCACCCAGAUCCGGCAGCUUCUUCAGGACAAGCAGUUUGAGCUGGCUCUGCAGCUGGCGAAGAUGAAGGAUGAUUCGGAUGGUGAUAAGAAGCAGCAGAUACAUCACAUCCAGAAUCUCUAUGCCUUCAAUCUGUUCUGCCAGAAGAGAUUUGAUGACUCCAUGCAGGUGUUUGCCAAACUGGGCACAGACCCCACCCAUGUGAUUGGCCUGUACCCAGACCUGCUCCCGUCAGACUACCGCAAACAGCUGCACUACCCUAACCCUCUGCCUACUCUGUCCGGUGCAGAGCUAGAGAAGGCUCAUCUCGCUCUCAUCGAUUACCUCACCCAGAAACGCAGCCACCUUGUGAAACAGCUCAAUGACUCUGACCCUUCUACAACGUCUCCGCUCAUGGAGGGCACGCCUACUAUUAAAAGCCGCAAAAAGCUCCUGCAGAUCAUCGAUACCACCCUGCUGAAAUGUUACCUACACACCAACGUGGCCCUGGUGUCGCCUCUCCUUCGUCUGGAAAACAACCACUGCCACAUCGAGGAGAGCGAGUACGUCCUGAAGAAGGCCCAUAAAUACAGCGAGCUCAUCAUUCUCUAUGAGAAGAAAGGCCUGCACCAGAAAGCUCUGCAGGUGCUGCUGGACCAGUCCACCAAGGCCAACUCUCCCCUGAAGGGCCAUGAGCGAACGGUCCAGUACCUUCAAAGACUGGGAGUGGAGAAUUUGGGAAUAAUCUUUGAGUUUUCUCCCUGGGUGUUGAAGAUCUGUCCUGAGGAUGGCUUGAAGAUCUUCACCGAGGACCUGACAGAGGUGGAGACUCUGCCCAGAGACAAGGUGCUGAACUUUCUGAAGGAAGGCUUUAAGGAGCUUGCCAUCCCAUAUUUGGAGCACAUCAUUUACGUGUGGGAUGAUAAGGGCCCAGAGUUUCACAAUGUGCUGAUCCAGCUGUACCUGGAGAGGGUCCAAGGCCUCAUGAAACAGUACCUCAACUCCCUGCCUGAAGGAGUUCCAGCUGUUGCUGCAGGGAAGGAGGAAGGGGAUCUGGGAGAGUUCAGGAACAAGCUGCUGUCGUUCCUGGAUAUUUCAACCAGCUAUGAACCAGCCAGACUCAUCAGUGACUUUCCCUUCGAUGGUCUGCUGGAGGAACGGGCUCUGCUGCUGGGUCGGAUGGGUAAACAUGAGCAGGCGCUCUUCAUCUAUGUGCACAUCCUGAGAGACACGCGCAUGGCUGAAGAAUACUGCCACGGCCAUUACAACAGUUUAGUCGAAGGGAAUAAAGAUGUUUAUCUGUCCUUGCUACGAAUGUACCUGUCACCUCCCGACGUCCACUGCCUGGGGCCCAUCAAGAUGGAGUUGUCGGAGCCUCAGGCCAACCUGCAGGCGGCCCUGCAUGUCUUGGAACUGCACCACAGCAAACUCAACACAACCAAGGCCAUCAAUCUGCUCCCAGCAAACACCCAGAUCCGAGAGAUCCAGGUCUUCCUGGAGAGCGUCCUGGAGGAGAGGGCGCAGAGGAAGCGCUGCAACCAGGUGCUGAAGAGUCUGCUGCAGGCCGAGUUCCUCAGGGUGCAAGAGGAGCGGAUCUUCCACCAGCAGGUUAAAUGUGUCAUUACAGAGGAGAAGACCUGCAGAGUCUGCAAGAAGAAAAUAGGAAACAGUGCGUUUGCCAGGUAUCCCAACGGCGUGGUGGUGCAUUACUUCUGCUGUAAAGACCGCAGCGCGUGUCCCACUGAGCAGUAACAACUGUCUACUCAUUCAUAAUCCCCUCUCACUCUCUGGAUGCCAAUGCUGGGACAACUUUGAACUAGAAAUGCAAUGAGAAGGAUGGAGGUGCUCGAGUUAAAUGCCAGGCUGUGGCACCCAACAGAACUACAAGUGCGGGCAAUUUUAACCUUGGGCACAGUUGUUGUUGACGUCCCACUCUGGCCGCUGGGCAGAACAAGACCUCUCUCUGAAAUCAAAGGCUAAGACUUUCUUUCUCUCUGUGCAUGGAGUAGCAGGAGGAAUGUCCCGGGUCGCUCGGCAGGAGGGGAGAAAUAAGGACAACGAGGGGGUUAGAGUGUGACAUUUGAAAAGCACGUGUCACUGUAACGCUAGAAGGGAUUCCCUUCACGUCACCUCGGAAGAAAACGGGCUAAUGACUGAUGCCCAGAGGAAGAGGAGUUGUUGCUCGUCCUCACCAUGAGAUGAUCCCAAGCCUUGGUUUUA